GUCUCUUCGAAGCCACUGCCCCACCAAUCGUUUUCAGCUGCUUCACUCUCUCUCUCUCUUGCUUCAAACCGAAACUUCGUUCUCUCAGUAACAGAUCUAUCUACCCCUUCUCUCUUUUCAAUCUCUGUUCAACUGAGUGCAUGCAGCAGCUAAAACUAUGUAUGAAUUAUUCGGAUUCGUUUCAGGGAAUUGGAUUCGGAGCAUUUUCAUGUGAUGACUGAAAUGAGCAUUCAGUUCUUGGUGUCACACUCAGUCUUUUAGGGUUUUCCUGGUUAUGGCUAUCAGAGGCGUCGAUUUCAAGUGGUACGAUGGCUUCUUCUUGUCGAUGCUAGCCACAAGUGUAAUCAUUGUUGCAAUUAAUUGGAAACGGUAUCAUCUCUGCACAUACCCGUUGCACAUAUGGAUUGUGGUUGAUUAUACUGCUGUUUUUGUUUUUCGCCUCUUGAUGUUCAUAGAUAAUGGACUUGCUGCUGGAAUGGGCUUGGAUUUUGGGUGGCAGCAGCGUUAUGCCCGUUUUUGUGGAAGAAUAGUGGUCCUUUCAGUUCUGUCUUUGCUACUCUACCCUUUUCUAUGGGCUUGGACUAUAAUUGGCACACUCUGGUUCACUAGUGCAAGAGAUUGUUUGCCAGAAGAAGGUCAGAAAUGGGGUUUUAUUAUUUGGUUGCUUUUCAGCUACUGUGGACUCCUUUGUAUUGCCUGCAUGUCUAUGGGAAAGUGGCUUACACGAAGACAGGCGCACCUAUUACGUGCUCAGCAAGGAAUUCCUAUUUCAGAAUAUGGGGUUUUGGUCGACAUGAUCCGGGUACCAGAUUGGGCAUUUGAAGCUGCAGGUCAAGAAAUGAGAGGUAUGGGACAAGAUGCUGCAGCAUACCAGCCUGGACUCUACCUAACUCCUACUCAGGUGAGUGCUUGUCACUAUUAUGGGCAAGAAGUGGCAAUUACAUCGUCUAUAAAUAUGAGAGAAGCAGUGGAGGCACUCAUUCAGGAACUUCCGAAGUUCCGGUUAAAGGCUGUUCCAACUGACUGCAGUGAAUGUCCAAUCUGCCUAGAAGAGUUCCACGUAGGGAAUGAGGUCCGUGGCCUGCCCUGUGCGCACAAUUUCCAUGUAGAGUGCAUUGAUGAGUGGCUUCGACUGAAUGUGAAAUGUCCACGGUGCCGUUGCUCAGUUUUCCCAAACCUUGAUCUUAGCGCCUUAUCCAAUAUUCGUGCGGACUCUGAACGGUCCUCUGCAACUGUUGUAACAACCACCAGAUAUGUGAGAACCCAACCUUCAAGCCAGAGCUAUUUGUUGAGAUUGCAGGGUCUGCUCCGACCAGUCCGUACAGAGAAUUCAGGGGCUUCCAGCCAUGUAGAUGUUGAUUUGGAAGCUGUUGAGAAUGGAAAUCUAGUUUUGACAACAAGAGAGACAACAGAUGUGGAGCCAGUUUCCUCAAUUGGAAGCAUGCUUGUUUGCGAGUCCUCCCCUCCUCAACACUAGAUCCUUAACCAGUUUCUGACCUUGUACAAGAAAGAAUACUUGUUGACGAUGAUUGCUGGUUGUACUGGCUGGUUCUCUCCUUAUAAUGAAAAUAUAACUCAUUCAUCUAAGGCAUAUGAACAGAAACAUUAACGAGACAUGUGUAUACUUUUUUCCCUUUUUGGCCAAUGGACUGUAAGUCCAAGUCAUGUUUGUCCAUGGACGUCUAAUCAUUGUACUGAUUUUGCACUUACAUGAAAAGAAAAAUCAUUCUCCAGCA